UCCCAUGGGCCCCCCCCUUUCCCUGUGGGGCUCCUUCUUGCUCCAUGGGCUCCCCACUUCCUGUGGGACUCCCUUCACCCCCAUGUUAAUACAUGCUUGUUAACGGCCGUCCAGUUGGGGCCCGAGUCAUGUCCCACCCUGUCCCACGGUCCUUUCCAGGAAGAUGGAGACAUUCCUCUCCCCUGUCCCAAACCAGACACAGCCUCUGGUCCUGGCAGAUCCUCCCUUCUACAGGCAAAACCCCUCCUAAUGGUGGUGUGAGUUAGAAAACUACCGGCAGAGAACAGAUUGUUCCUGUCUGCUGCUUUGCUGCCUGCGUGUAAAUAGUUGUGUGUCAUUUACCAUCUGGCAGAGGGAUGCGAGUACUGAGGCGGUGACUGCGCUGGGUGCCAGGCAGGAGGUGUACCGGCACCGCAAGUGGCUCGUACAGCUCAGAGGCUGCCGGCAGCUCGGGGCAGCACCUGUUUGCUGCAGUGCCACCGGCAAGUGAUAGUCACAUCUAGGACCAUCAGACUGGGAGUCCCCAGCCCCAAUUCUGCCAGGGUGGUGGAUGCGGAGGGGAGCCGGGAGGGACGGGCAUGGGCUCUGGAUGCAUUUUAGGGGGCCAUCUGCCUACACUUGCCCAUGAAUGAGCAAAAUACAUGAGGAUAGGCUCCUCAGAGGACCCUGGUCUCCACCAGCACCUCCGCCCAUCCCAAAGAGAAGGUGGCUGCAUGUGCCUUUGGGUGGGGACCCUGCACCCACCCUGGCUGCUUCCCUGCAGCUUUCCGAAGGCACUUCAGUGAACCUGGAGUCACUGCAGGCACGCAGAAAUGGAACGUGCUGGGAGACUGGGAGAGCCACCAGCUGCCGAAGGCCCGGCAUUAAUGCAGGCAUGGCGUCUGCUUCGCACCACCAGAAGCUCCAGCUCUCGACAUCGUGGCCAUGUAAAGCCGAGCCAAUUUGUGCCGGAGAUAAGGAGCUGCCAGCUGAUAACCGGCUUACAUGCGGGUGCCUGUGUUAUCCCCGCAGAUUUUGGUGGAGGAUGGAGGGGGCUCCUUUGCUCACCCAGCACCAGCAUGGCCAGAUGCUGGGGCUCAUCCUGCCCCGCUGCUUCUGUGGGGGCUCCCCCAAACCCACCGUUUCCCCGGGGCUGAGCAAAGGCUUCCCCGCGCGAUGGCAGCAUUUGCUAAAUCUCCAGCACAAGCUGGAGAUGCCUCAGGUGUCUGCUUUGUUUUGCUUCCCUCUUAUGAAAUGA